AUGGCUGUUGUCAACGAAGCAACUCUUAAAAAGAUGCUGAAGACAGGAACCGUUCCAGUUAGUUAUAGAGGGAAUGUGUAUAAUAUCCCCGUGUGCUUGUGGCUGCUGGAUACGUAUCCCUACAAUCCUCCGAUAUGUUUUGUGAAGCCCACCAGUGCGAUGAUGAUCAAGACCGGCAAACACAUCGACGCCAACGGCAAGAUCUACCUGCCAUACCUGCACGAGUGGAAACACCCUCAGUCAGAUCUGUACGGGCUCAUCCAGGUCAUGAUUGUGGUGUUUGGUGAGGAGCCGCCUGUUUUCUCCAGACCCACCACACAACCUCCUUACCAGGCCUUCCAAGCAGCCGGACCCCCGAACCGUAAGCAUAGCUUUUUAGCUCUUCAAGCCCCAUGUUCAU